CUUGCAGCCCGCAUGGCCCUCUCUGCAGAUUCAUCCUGGCCUCGAUGGCAGUGGCGCAUCAGCAGUGGCUCCUGCCAGGCUCCAUCGGAAACCACACCUCUGUUAGCUGCACACAGGACCAGGCAGAGCUCCAGCACAAGAAAGCAGAGGCUUGUGUUCCCCAAUAACCAGGCCUUUCACCGUGACUGGGAGGAGACCUCCAAAAACUACCCUGGCAACAGAAUCCGCACCACCAAGUACACUCUCCUCACCUUCCUGCCACAGAACCUACUGGAACAGUUCCACAGAUGGGCGAACGUCUACUUCCUGUUCCUCGUGAUCCUGAACUGGGUGCCCUCUCUGGAGGUGUUCCACCGGGAAAUCACCAUGGUGCCACUGGCCCUGGUCCUGCUCAUCAUCAUGGUCAAGGAUGGCCUGGAGGACUUCCGGAGACACUGCUUCGACCGAGAGAUCAACUACACCAGCAUCUGGGUGCACGAGAAGAAAGAGCAGAGCUAUGUUCAGAAGCGCUGGGAAGAUGUGCGUGUGGGCGACUUUGUGCGGCUGCAGUGUAAUGAGAUUGUCCCAGCAGAUAUUCUCCUCCUCUGCUCCUCCGACCCCAGCGGGCUCUGCCAUCUGGAGACAUCCAACUUGGACGGCGAGACCAACCUCAAACAGCGGCGCGCCGUGGGCCAUGGCACCUGGCAGGGGGGCCACUUGGACCCAGAAAGCUUCUGUGACACCAUCGUGUGUGAGAAACCCAACCACCACCUCAGCAAGUGCAGGGGUUACUUGGAACACCCAGACCAUACCCGCACUGGUUUUGGCAGUGAAAGUCUCCUGCUCCGUGGCUGUACCAUCCGGAACACCGAGGUGGCUGUGGGCAUUGUCAUCUAUGCUGGCCACGAGACGAAGGCAAUGCUCAACAACAGUGGUCCACGGUACAAGCGUAGCAAGAUUGAAAAGCACAUUAACACCCACAUCUUCUUCUGCAUCGGCCUCCUCUUUCUCUUGUGCCUCAUUGGAGCUAUAGGUCACAGCUUGUGGAACUUGACAUUCAAGGAGCACCCUCCUUUUGAUGUGCCAGACAUGAAUGGGAACUUCCCUCCCCUUGCCCUCGGUGGCUUCUACAUGUUCCUCACCAUGAUCAUCCUGCUCCAGGUGCUCAUCCCCAUCUCCCUGUAUGUGUCCAUUGAGCUUGUGAAGCUCGGCCAAGUUUUCUUCCUGCAUCACGAUCUGGACCUGUACGAUGAGGAGCGAGACUCGUGUGUGCAAUGCCGUGCCCUCAACAUCACUGAAGACUUGGGCCAGAUCCAGCACAUCUUCUCUGACAAGACAGGGACAUUAACAGAGAACAGGAUGGUGUUCCGGCGCUGCAGCAUAAUGGGCAGCGAGUAUGCACACCAGGAGCAUGCCAAGCGACUGGAGGCCCCAAAAGAGCAGGACCCUGGUGCAAGAGCCUGGGCCCAGUACCAGAGCCUGUCCUUCCCAGCCAGAUGGGCCAAGGGGCCCCCAACAGGAAGAGUUCAAGGGUCAGCACAGCCACUAAGGCGGAGCCAGAGUGCCCAGGCACCCCUGCAGAAGUCUUCAGGGUACUGGGAAGGUAGACAGCCCCCAGUGGCCUUCAGCAGUCCCCUGGAAAAGGAUGUGAGUCCAGACAGGAACCUGCUGGGCAGAGUGCAGGAGGCUGGCCUGUGGCUAGAUGCACUGACAAGAACCAGCGGCAACUCUACCCAGUCCACGCCCUCACCAGCCGCUUCUGUGGCCGACUUCUUCCUCGCCCUGACCAUCUGCAACUCCGUCAUGGUCUCCACUGCCACCGAGCCCCGGCACAGGAUCACUGCCCCGCCCUCCUCCUCUGCCCUGGGCACAUCGCUGGAGAAGAUCCAGCAGCUCUUCCAGAAGCUGAAGCUCCCGAGCCUCAGUCAGUCUCUCUCAUCAGCAUCAGACACAGACCUGGAGGACAGCCUGGGCACAUCCUCUCAUGCCCCCAGCUCGGAUAAUGGAGAAGAUGCAUCUGGGGGCACCAGAAACUGCAGCCGCAAUAGCCCCUGGGAGCCGGGUGAGGGUGAUGGCAGGGGCUCAGAGUCCCCUGAGCUCUGCUAUGAGGCCGAGAGCCCUGAUGAGGCAGCACUGGUGCAUGCGGCCCAUGCCUACAACUUCACCCUGCUGGCUCGCACACCCCAGAGCGUCACCGUACGCCUGCCCCACGGUGCCUGCCUCACCUUUCCUGUGCUCUGCACCCUGGCCUUCAACUCCGUCCGGAAGAGGAUGUCGGUGGUCGUGCGGCACCCACUCACUGGUGAGAUUGUGGUCUAUACCAAGGGUGCUGAUUCAGUCAUCAUGGACUUGCUGGAGGACCCAACCUGUGAGUUGGACUCUGAAAUGGAAAAGAAAGUGUGGAAAGUUCGAGCCCAGACGCAGAAGCACCUAGACCUCUAUGCCAGGCAUGGCCUUCGGACCCUGUGCAUCGCCAAAAAGGUGCUGAGUGAAGAAGCUUUCCAGCAAUGGGCCAGUUUACGGCAGGAGGCUGAGGCAUCCCUGGAUGGCCAGGAUGAACUGCUGCUGCAGACAGCCCAACACCUGGAAAACCAGCUCACCUUAGUUGGAGCCACUGGGAUCGAAGACCGCCUGCAGGAGGGGGUCCCAGACACCAUCACAGCUCUACGGGAGGCAGGGAUCCAGCUCUGGGUGCUGACAGGAGACAAGCAGGAGACAGCUGUCAACAUCGCCCAUGCCUGCCGACUGCUGGGCCAGGCCGACACUGUCUACUCCAUCAACACCGAGAACCAGGAGACCUGCGAGUCCGUCCUGGACUGUGCGCUGGAGGAGGUGCAGCAGUGCUAUGGACCACAGAGACCAGAUCGCAAACUCCAUGGGGCCCAGCUGCGGAGCCCGGUGGCACUGCCUGAGGUGGGGCUCGUUGUCGAUGGAAGGACACUGCAGGCUGUCUUCCAGGGAAAGCUGGAGGAGAAGUUUCUGGAGCUGGCUCAAUACUGCCGCUCUGUGCUCUGCUGCCGCUCCACGCCACUCCAGAAGAGCAUGAUCGUGAAGCUGGUGCGGAGCAAGCUGCGGGUCAUGACCCUGUCCAUAGGUGAUGGAGCCAAUGAUGUGAGCAUGAUCCAAGCAGCUGACGUUGGUGUGGGGAUUUCAGGACAGGAAGGCAUGCAGGCCGUCAUGUCCAGUGACUUUGCCAUCUCCCGCUUCUGCCACCUCAAGAAGCUGCUGCUGGUGCAUGGGCACUGGUGUUACUCACGCUUGGCCAGGAUGGUGGUGUACUACCUGUACAAGAACGUGUGCUAUGUCAAUCUGCUCUUCUGGUACCAGUUCUUCUGUGGCUUCUCUGGUACCACCAUGAUUGAUUACUGGCAGAUGAUCUUCUUCAAUCUCUUCUUCACCUCUCUGCCACCUCUCCUCUUUGGGAUCCUCGAUAAGGAUGUCUCAGAGACCACGCUACUGGCCAUGCCUGAACUCUACAAGAGUGGCCAGGACUCAGAGAGCUAUAAUCUAUUGACCUUUGGGGUGUCCAUGGCAGAUGCCUUCUACCAGAGCCUCAUCUGCUUCUUUAUCCCUUAUCUGACUUACAAGGACUCGGAUGUGGAUGUCUUCACUUUUGGAAUGCCCAUCAACACCAUAUCCCUCACCACUAUUCUCCUGCACCAGGCCAUGGAAAUGAAGACCUGGACCCUUCUUCAUGGUCUGGUCCUCGUGGGCAGCUUCCUGAUGUACUUCAUGGUGACCCUGCUGUACCAUGCCACAUGUGUUACCUGUAACAGCCCUGCCAACCCCUACCGGGUAAUGGAAGACCAACUCUCGGACCCCACCUUCUUACUUGUCUGCCUCCUUGCACCUGUGGCUGCUCUCCUACCCAGGUACUUCUUGCUGUCACUACAUGGAACAUACGGAAGGUCUUGCAUCACUCAAGCUCAGAAAAUCGACAGGUUUCCCCCAGACAAGAGAGAGCUGUACAUCCAACGCUGGAGAAACAGAGAGCGACCAGGCCCAUGCCCAGAACAGGACCUGAGAGCCAGAACCCCCCACAGCCCCACCAUAUGGGAAUGCAGGGCGGCACACAGAGAAACACACAGCCACAACUGGGUUUCAGAUGCACCAGGUGCUGGGAAGUCUCUGACAAGAGUAUCCCCCAGGGAGCAACUUCUGGGUCUCAGUGGGGCAACAGGGUCUGGGCCAGAUGCAGCACAGCAGCCCUCAGCCAGGAGAGGCCAUCGCCGGUCCCAGAGCUCAUUGACCAUAUGAGGUAGGGUUUGCUGAAAAGACACCCCCAUGCAUUGGUUCAUGCAGCCGUAGACCUGCGGCUCAUAGAGGGAAGGUUGUGUGUGUGGUGUGUGGUGUGAAACACACGGAGUGCCCCCAAGUGGUUGAGGGGGAGCAGACAUCUUUAAUGUUUAGC